UGACGGCAUCAAACUGCUGCCAUCAAAACAGACUGGGUUGAAAGCAAGACUUAUCUAAACCAUCUUUGGUCAAAAGGUAAACAAGAGAACACGUCGGAGGGAAACUUCACACAGACGAUAUGAUUAAAAGCAUCCAGGUUCUCUAAAGUCCUGCCAUUGACUGCAUUGUCGUUGUUGCCACACGAGCAGAACAAUAUGAAUCCACUCAGUUCAGAGAAGGAAACAUUGAUUGAUGACAUUGAACAGAGUUUAUUCACGUUAACCGUGGACAAUUUACGGUACCUGUGUGAACGUCAUGGCAAAGAUGGAUCUGAAAUUAAAGGGAUGAAUCAUCGCUUAUUAAGGCGUAAAGUCAUGGAGGAAAUGUGGGACAAUACGGAGUCAAUGAAAUCAGAGGAGCAGGGAAUGUCUUGGUUACUCCAUCUGAAAGAGGACAUCAGAAGGAUGCUGGAGGAUGCUAGUGGGGCACCAAUUAGUCCCAGCCAGUCUGAUGAUGAUGAUGAUGAUGAUGCUGUAGACUAUGAUGAAGAAUGCGACAAGGAGGACGGCGAUUGGUUGCCUAGCAACGGACUGAAGGCGGAACACUUGAGUUCCAGCCGAUCCGAUGAUGACGCUGCAGACUGCGACAAAGACUGGGAUGUGGAGGACAAGGAUUGGUUGGCUAGCGAUGGGCUGGAGGCAGAGUCAGAUCCAGAGAGGCACACUCCAGAGCAGAGAAACAAGCUUCCUACGUCACCCUCCGCCCUCCUGAAGCCCCCAGGUCGUGCCUCUCCCAGUAGCGUAUUACUGCUGGGUCUGAAGAGGGUGUCCGUGCGGCUGGCCGACUGCAGGAAGACACCGGGGCAGAGUAGCCAUAUAAUACAUAAGACAACACAGACGGGAGAGAAACCCCACAGCUGGUCUAAUGCUGAACAACACAAAACCCUCUCAGGAGACAGGCCUGGCUCCCACAUCUGUGAUCACUGUGGGAAGAAUUUUACCACAGCAAGAAGUCUACAACUACACCUACAGAACCUGAAGAGAUUCAGUGACACCAUCACUGCAGAGAAACCACACGUGUGCUCUACAUGCGGAAAGGGAUUCAGUGAGGCUGGCAGUCUUAAGAGACACCUGAGAACUCACACUGGGGAGAAACCAUAUGUUUGCCAUCAUUGUGGGAAGGCUUGGAGUGAUUCUGGAAACUUAAGGAGACACACGAGAAAAACUCACCCAGGAGAGAAGGUCGUUGUGAAGAGCGUCCUUACGGGAGAGAAACCAUACCAUUGCUCCUCUGACGCCUGUGGGAUGAGCUUCGUUACCUCACGCAAACGCAGAGUACACCAGAGAAAACACACAAGAGAGAAGCUUUGCAGCACGCCUAAUGCUAAGCAACGUAAGGAACCCCUCUCAGGAGAUGGCUCCCAUAUCUGUGAUCAUUGUGGGAAGAGUUUUAUCACAGCACGCAGUCUAAAACGACACUUACAGUACCUGAAGAGAUACAGAGAUAACUUGACUGGAGAGAAACCACACGUGUGCUCUACAUGCGGAAAGGGAUUCAGUGAGGCUGGCAGUCUUAAGAGACACCUGAGAACUCACACUGGGGAGAAACCGUACGUCUGCCAUCAUUGUGGGAAGAACUACAAUGAUUCUGGAAACUUGCAGAGACACAUCAGGACUCACACAGGUGAGAAACCUUACCACUGCUCGGAAUGUGGUAGGAAUUUUCGUGAAAAAAUAAGCCUUGUACAUCACCGGGAAGUUGUUCACACAGAACACCCUCACCGCUGUGGUCACUGUAUGAAGAGCUUCGUGAGUGAAUCUAAACUGGAAUCGCACAUGCAAACCCGGCAUCCGCCAAAUGAUCCUCUGAAAAAGCCACACGUGUGCUCUGAAUGUGGAAGGGGUUUCGGUGAGGCCGGUAGUCUUAAAAGACACGUGAGAAUCCAUACCGGGGAGAAACCGUACGUCUGCCCUCGUUGCGGUAAGGAUUUUACUCAAUCUGGACUCUUACAGAGACACAUGAGAACUCACACGGGAGAGACACCUUACCACUGCUCAGUGUGCGGGAUGAAGUUUUGCCAUACAAUCUCGCUAAAGCAGCACCACCUGAAGAACCACAAGGGGGAGACACUGGGUCCCGUCCGUAUGCACCAAGGCCCUCUUCCAUGCCCCCACUGUGGGGAGAAGUUCUCUACCAAGGCUCUUCUGAAGGAUCACAUGCAGAAGACCCACAACAGCCGUGUCCACUGCCCACAGUGCGACAAGACCUUCACCACUAAAGGUAGUUUACAAGUCCACCAGAGGAAGCACACUGGAGAGAGGCCUUACCUUUGCCCUCAGUGUGGGAAGAGUUUCUCCCUGACAGGGAGUUUAAAACUUCAUCUCCGGAUUCAUGCGGGUGAGAAACCUUACUGCUGUACUUACUGUGACAAGAGCUUCACAAGUAAGAGCCACUGCAUUCUACACCUGCGAAUCCACACUGGAGAGAAACCGUACCAAUGCCCUGACUGCGGGAGGAGGUUUCGUGAUGGGAAUGUCUUGAAAAACCACCGGCGGACCCACACAGGAGAGAAACCGUUCCAGUGCCACGUGUGUGAUAAAGCCUUCGCCCAGUGGAGCAGUCUGAAGAAACAUCAGGACACACACAGGCUAACACAGCCUGUCUCUGUCCCAAGACUCCCUAAUCCCUACCCACCACCCAAUCAGCAUGUCCCUUAUCCCUACCCAUCACAGACUCAAUGGUAACCUGGUUUAUCACCUGUCCAAUCCCUUAUAGAGGGAUUCCUUACUAUACCCAGACAGAAAAAUACCAAGAUUUGGGGGAAAUUCACAAAAUAUAAUCCAUAGAAUAGAAUAAUAUUCUUCCUAAUAUUGAGUUGCACCCCAUUUUUCCCUCAGAACAUCCUCAGUUUGUUGGGACAUGGACUCUACAAGGUGUGGAAAGCAUUCCACAGGGAUGCUGGCCCAUGUUGACUCCAAUGCUUUCCACGGUUGUGUCCAGUUGGCUGGAUGUCCUUUGGUUGGUGGACCAUUCUUGAUAUGCACAGGAAGCUGUUGAGCAUGACACACCCAGAAGCGUUGCAGGUCUUGACAAUAGGUGUAGCCUGACUCCUAUUACCUACUCCGUUCUUCAAUCUUUUCUUCUUGCCCAUUUACCAGCUGAAUGGCACACAUACAUACAUGUCUCAAGGCUUAAAAAUCCUUCUUUAACCCGUCUCUUCCCCUUCAGCUACACUGAUUUUAAAGUGGCUUUAACAAGUGACAUCA